AAUAGUGAGUGAGGGAUAAUUCAAGUGAGUGUUCAAAAUGGCUGAUAUUUUUUUACAAAAGGACUUGGUGAAGCUUCUCCGUAAUAAACGUAUUGUUCUUAUGGGUGAUUCAAAUGUGAGAGCUGUUUACAAAGAUGUCCUUUGUUUAUCAAAACAAUCAAAAUUUUGUUCAGAUCGGAUUUUCAAAACAAAAAUGGAAAAUUCAGUUUUUGGAGAUAAGUUGGUCCAUCAUGGGCCAAGAAGCAAUGGACGAGAUUAUCGGGAAGAAAGAGAGGCUAUAUCUAGUGGUGUUGACAUAUCCUUUUAUUUUCUUACAAGAGUCUAUAGUGAUUAUGUGGAGAAAAUACUGAAGAAUAUUAGUAACAAAUGUCCUGAUAUACUAGUCAUUGGUUCCUGUGUAUGGGAUGUGACCAGAUGGGGCCCUCAAGGUGUUCAAGACUACAAAUCAAAUUUAAAAACUUUACUGAAACAAAUUCAGAUUUAUCUCCCAAAGACAUUGUUUAUUUGGUUAACAGCUCCUCCUAUUGCUGUAGACAUGAAAGGGGGUUUUCUCAUUAAGGAAUUGCAGUUCCUGAAAUAUUCCUUGCGUUUUCAUAUCAUGGAAGCUAAUCAAUAUGCACGUAAGAUUGUAGUAGCCAGUGGAUUUGAUGUCCUGGAUGUACAUUAUCACCUAAGGAUGCAAAUUCACCGCAGAACACCUGAUGGUAUACAUUGGUUUCCAAGAGCUGUUCGUUAUGUUACAAAUCUUUUGUUGACUCAUAUCAGUUUAGCUUUAGGUGUUGAACUUCCUCAUAGAUAUGAAUCUACCAUAACGGAACAAACACUAGAAGCUAUAGCUGAUAAUGACUGUCUUCCUGAUACUGUGGAAAAUAAACUUCCAAUUAAAAAGAAUAAAUCUACUGAAAACAGAAAAUUAACUGUUGUCUCAAACUCUGAUAAAAGAGUAGUUUCAUGUGAUAAAGAAAAUCACAUUACUCCUAAAAGGAAGGCAAAGAAGAAAAGGAAGGGUUUACUUAUCAGGGAGCCAAAUAAGAAAUCUCUUAUAACAGAAAAGAGUACAACCACUGUAAAGGAAACAAAAAAAGAAUCUGUUAAUGAAUUAAAAAGGACAUCUAUAGUGAAAGAAACUUACCAUGAAUAUUCUAAACGUAAAGAAAAUGCUGAAAGACGUAGACGAAUAAAGAAGUGGCUCCCAGCUUCAAGUACUUCAUCUCCAUUCGUUAAUCUAGUCUGUUCACCCAUUAGAUCACAUGCCUCUCUUGCCAAUGAGCAAUGUGUUCAAACUCAAAAUUUUCAUUCACCAAUUAGACCUCCUUCGCCCAUUAGAUCACAAUAUGCCACCCUUGCCAAUAAGCAAUGUGCUCAAACUCAAAAUUUUCAUUCACCAAUUAGACCUCCUUCUCCUUCAACUAAUGCAAUUCAUUCGUAUUCGUCUAGAGGACUGUAUAAAUCACAAGUCUUCCCUGCUAACAAACAAAACAUUUUAUUACCCAGACAAAAUUUUCAUUCACCUGUUAGACCUCCUCCUCCUUCUCCCACUGCAACAUUCUCAUAUUCUACAGUUCAGCUUUCUUGGUCUCCCAUGAUAACCAAAAAUGUAAAUUCCAUAAAUAUUUCUUCACCUUAUCCGACUGCUCCUCAGUCAUACAACCAGCACCAAAGCAAGCCUUCAUUUGCAAAUUUAGGAGAGAGCCCAAUUUUGAUAAAUAAGAGGAAUGUCUCACAGGAUUCCAAGUAUUACUCUAAAGCAUCUUCUCAUACUCCUUACCCUCCAAAAAUGAUAGAAAGUCCACUUCUGCAAAAGAGAAGAAGAAGCAACUUUCAGGACUGUGGAUAUGGCUAUACUGCAGGCUCUGUUACUCCUCAUUCUCCAUAUAUCAAUGAGAGCUGUCUUCAGCAGGUGAAUAGAAUCUCCCCGGGCUCUGAGUAUCAUUCUAAUGAGGCUUCUUUUAUUCUUUCAAAAGUAACACAGCAGAACUCGGGAUAUUUUUCAAGUGCCAAUUCUCCAAUGACUUGUUCGCCAGAAAUGAUUACAGAUGCAUUUCGACAGCAGGUACAAAGAGUAUUUCAGGAUUCUAGAUCUUACCCUAAUACCCCUUAUCCUCCAGAAAUGAUACAUCAGAAAGAAAGUAUGUUCCAGGAUUCUAGAUCUUAUCCUAAUACCCCUUACCCUCAAGAAAUGAUACAACAGAAUGAAAGUAUGUUCAAGGAUUCUGGAUAUUUUUCAAGCCAAAAUUCAGCCGAUUUCAGAAGUCUUGAUAGAACUGUAGCGCGCACGUUACUGCGGACAAUAAAUAACUACAAAAGUCCAAUUUAUUCUCCUUCAUAUCAAAAUCAUUCACCUGCUCAACCAUAUUCUCCCUCCUUUCAUCAACAAAGGCAAGUGAAUAUGACAUCUCCUUGUUUGGAAAAGAGAAAUUUCUCUCAAAAUUUACUUUCCUCUCAGAGUCCAAGUCAGAUUCCUUUACCAUUUCAAGCAUAUACAUUCCCAAAUGUUGAUGUGACUCAGACACUUCAACCAAAUAUAAAUUUUGCCUCAACAGAUUCUAUGCCUUUUGGAGUCCAUUUUUGAUAGAAAAUGCAUAAAUGAAUACAGAACAAAUGUGUGGUAAAAUGGAAAAUACUGAAAUAGUAAAAUUGAUAGAAAACAUACUAGUUUGCUUUUCUCCAUAUAUGCAGAAAUAUUUUAAUCAGUCUAUUUUGUUAUUUCUUUUAUAAAGCAAAAUGAUAUUUGAAAUUGUUUGUUUGUUUCAUUUUUUUACAAAACUUAUUACUUUACUUAUAAUAUUUUAGUUUAUUAGAUUAAAUUUUUUUAAAGUAAAUAAUAUUUGUUCUUUUAAACAAGCAAAUGUAAUAUUGUUCUUAUGAUUCAGUGUUGUAAAGUGCAACAAAAACUUCAAAAGUGUUAUAAGUCAUUGAACAUAUUUUAUAUAUCUUCAAACGUUUAAAAAAUAGAAAAUUCAAUGCUUGUUUUGCAGGUUUUUAUGGAAAUUUAAAAUUAUUGAUUAAGAAACAAUUUAUAAACAAUUUGAUUUAUAAAUAAGUAUAAAUUUUUCAAAAGGAUUGAUAGCUAGAACAUUUAUCAUUACUUAUAUAUCAUAAGCACCUGUUUUAAAUUAUAGAUUUUUGAAAUUAAAAUAUAUUUUCAAAAUUCAGAUUUAAUAAUGAUAAUUUAUUUUCUAAAUAUAGGGAAACUGUGUUAAUGAAUACUUUAUGUAGAAAUGAGAAGUGUAAAUUUUUUCCUCUCUCAAAUUUAUAUAUUGUUAGUCUGCUUACAAAUUUUGGAAGAGAAUAGAAAUUUUGUGAAUUUCAAGUCAUUAAUUUGUGCAACACCUGUGAUAAUAUUGCUCAGGAUUUAUGCAGUAUUUUUUUCAUAGAGACAAAUGUUAGGAAAUUUUUCAUAUUUAUAACAAUUUAUAAGGUGACUUGCAUAUGCACUUUUAAUGUAUAAUCAUCUUUUAAUAUGCAGAAUUUUCUUGAUCAUUUUUAUGGCUGAAACCUUUUGUUGUCUACUUGUUCUUUAGUAGAGAUUUGAAUAUUUUGAACUUAUAAUUUUUGUAGUCAUGUUAUGCAGUUAUUAAGAGUUAUAUAAAUUCAAAAGAUAAAAUUGUUUGAAAAUAUUUUUUGGAAUUUUACAUGUUUAUUCUCUAGCUAUGGUAGUGCAAAUGAUAUUAAUUAUUUUAAUUUGUGUAUAUUUUUCUAAACAUGUAUAAAAUUGUUAUGGAGUAUCAGCUGUGAUAUUUUUCAUAUGAAUACCUUGUAAUUGAAUGUUUUUAUUAUAAAAUUUAAUUUCCAAACUAAAAAUAUUAUAUAUUUUUCCCUAUAUAAUGCUGAUUUGGUAUUCUUUUUUUUUUUCCUUUUGGUCCAAAUAAUAUUCACAUCCCUUUCUCUCUCUUUGAUCUAGAAUCCUUUUAAUAGUAGAAAUUCUGAUUUAUGCAUGAAAUUCAAAUUACUUUUCUGUAUAUCAGUUCAUAGACAUUUCUGUUUAGGAUUGUAUAAAAAUUACUGGAACUGUAUAGUAGUGUUUUUUAUUAUAACAACACUUUAUUUUGUUUUAUGUAAAUGAACUCCCGUUCUGCUAGAUAUGUCAAUAUAUACUUUCUGAGAAGAAAUAUUAGAAUUUACUGUCAUUGCAUAUAUGUUGUUUUACAUUUGGAAUAAAGCAGUGGUAAGGUUCUUAUAUA